AUGCGGCACCCAGCUGAUUCAAUGGCAUGGAAGUCUUUCGAUGAAUUGCAUGAAUCAUUUGCAUUAGAGCCUCGUAAUGUACGACUUGGUCUUGCUAGCGAUGGCUUUCAACCAUUUGGAGAUUCGAGAAAAUCAUAUAGUAUUUGGCCAGUAGUACUAAUUCCCUACAAUCUACCUCCAUGGAUGUGUAUGAAGCAAUCUAAUUUUAUUUUAUCAAUGCUUAUUUCAGGACCUGAGAGUCCUGGUGAUGCAAUUGAUAUCUAUCUCCAACCAUUGAUAAAAGAGUUGAAGGAAUUAUGGGAAGUAGGGGUUGAAACAUUUGAUGCAUCAACACGACAAAAUUUUCAAUUACAUGCAGCUUUGUUGUGGACAAUUAAUGAUUUUCCUGCUUAUGGAAAUCUAUCUGGAUGGAGUACAAAAGGAAAACUAGCAUGUCCUUGUUGCAACAAGAAUACUUUUUCUAUUAGAUUAACCAAUGGUAGCAAGCAAUGUUAUAUGGGCCAUCGACGAUAUUUGCCUAGCAAGCACAAAUGGAGAAAUGAUAAAUAUUCUUUUGAUGGCACCAAGGAGCGGGGUUAUGCACCAAAGCUAUUUAGCGGUGAUGAAAUCUUGGAGCAAGUGCAAGAUCUUGAAGGGGUCAUCUUAACAAAAGCUGCUAAUAAAAGGGUAAAAAUAUCACACAGCAAUCGGGGUGAUAAUUGGAACAAGAAAAGUAUAUUCUUUGAACUUUCAUAUUGGAAAACCCUUUUAUUGCGUCAUAAUUUGGAUUUAAUGCAUAUUGAGAAAAAUAUAUUUGAUAACAUACAUGGGACACUUAUGAAUAUCAAGGGAAAAACAAAGGACACAAUGAAAUCUCGUCUCGAUUUGCAAGCAAUGAAUAUAAGACCAGAAUUACAUCCACUUCGGAAAGGGGAUAAGUUUGUUCUUCCUGUUGCCUCUUACAUGUUAUCGCCAAAUGAGAAGCACACAUUUUGUCUUUUUCUUAAGCAAUUAAGAGUUCCAGAUGGCUUUUCCUCAAAUAUAUCUCAUUGUAUAAAUCUUAAGGAACAUAAAAUUUCUGGUUUGAAAAGUCAUGAUUGUCAUAUUAUGCUGCAGCGCCUACUUCCUCUGGCUCUACGUGGUCUACUUCCUAAAGAAGUUUACGAACCACUUAUUGAGUUAUGUUUAUUUUUCACUGUGGUAGGCUCUAAGACACUCAAGGCAGAUGAUUUGGAUCAGAUAGAGGCUCAAAUUCCAAUAACUCUUUGCAAAUUAGAGAGAAUUUUUCCUCCUUCAUUUUUUGAUAUUAUGUUGCAUUUGCCAAUUCAUCUAGCAAAUGAAGCUAAGAUUGGAGGACCAAGCCAAUAUAGGUCAAUGUACUCUAUAGAGCGGUACUUGUACACUCUAAAAGGAUUUAUAUGCAAUAGAGCUUGUCCAGAAGGUUCAAUCGCAGAAGGCCACAUUGCAAAUGAAUGUAUGACUUUUUGCUCAAGAUAUCUUCAUGGCAUUGAGACAAAAUUUAAUCGUCAUGAGCGAAAUUAUGAUGGUAGAGAUAACACAUCUGUUGAAGGUUUAUCUAUUUUUUCUCAACUUGGAAAAGCUCUAGGAGCUGGAACAAUAUAUGAUCUAGAUGCAAACAAGCUUGAACAAGCACAACUUUAUAUUUGA